AUGCUGAUUCCUAGCAAAAAUAGAAAAGCCAUCUAUGAGUACCUCUUCAACGAGGGAGUGGCCGUCGCUAAGAAAGAUUUCAAUCUUAAACAACACCCAAAUAUUCCCGGAGUGACCAAUCUUGAAAGCUUGGCUUCCCGUGAACUUGUUAAGGAGCAGUUCGCAUGGCGACAUUACUAUUGGUACCUGACCGAUGAGGGUAUCGCUCAUUUGAGAGAGGUCUUGAAUCUGCCGGCUGAAAUUGUUCCCUCGACCGUUAAGAGCAAGCCAAGGGACAUCCGCGCACCCACUGACAUCCGCGAACGCAUUCCUCGCGCAGUUCCUGGAAAAGAGGGAGAUCGUGAUGCGUACAGAGUCGCUGAGAAGGUCACUGAAGCCGGACCAGGAUCUGCUAUGCCUUACCGCGCUGGAUUCGGAAGAGGAGCUCCACCGCCGCAGUAA